AGGGGUGAGCUGGUCCUUCUGCCUUCUCGCUGUCUCUUCUCUAUUGGAUCCCACUACCUCAACCCUCAUGCUGUGGUUCUCGGUUCUUUAUCACCACUAACUUUCACAGAUUCUGCAGGGCUUUUAUCUCCCUUCAUCUCUUCAUUUUCAUUUGGAUCCUUGAAUUCAAGCAACCAGCUGACCAAGCUCUCAACCAGCAAGAAUGACGGACAAACCGGUCUUGCCACCUAGAGGCGGAGAUGACGCCGGCAGCAUCAUGGCGCUGUUGGAGCGUGUGGCGGGCCUCAUGGACAACGUCCAGGCCACACAGCAGCGCAUGGAGGAGCGUCAGCUGGAGCUGGAGAACACAGUGAAAACCAUCCAGGCCGACGUCGUCAAACUCACCAACGAUCACGCAAACACCAGCUCCACGGUCAGCCGACUGCUGGAGAAGACCCGCAAGGUCAGCUGUCACAUCAAGGAUGUCAGGGUGCGGGUGGAGAACCAGAACCUCAGGGUGAAGAAGGUGGAGGCCACGCAGGGAGACCUUCUCGCCAAGAACAAGUUCAGGGUGGUCAUUUACCAGGGUGACCAGGAAGUUAAAGCUAUCACACCAGGUAACGAGCCGGCAGAGUCCAGCGGUGGUGCUGCAGCCAGACCUGAGGUGGAACCAGACAAGUUUGAGUUCCCUCCAGAGUCGGACGAAGAGUACAUGGUUGUGGAGGAAGCAGACUCCUCGUCAGCUGGCCGGAUGAAGAAGACAGGCUUGACACGCAUCGAGAGCUUCAAAGCCACCUUCUCCAGGGAGAACAUGAGCAAGACCCGAGAGAACCUGGGCACCAAAGUCAACAAACUCGGCGAGCGAAUCGUAACGGCCGAAAGGCGCGAGAAGAUCCGCCAAUCUGGUGAGAAGCUGAAGCAGUCAGGUGAGAAGCUGAAAGAGACCUUCACCAAGACCGUCCCAGCGAAGCUGAACCUGAAGAAAGAGAGAACUGUGGCAGAAGGUCAGGAAGGAGCGGAGGGAGCUGCGGAGGCAGGCGUUCCAGUUCCUCCUCCUAAAGGCCGUAAGAGCAGCCCUGGAGCAGCACGGGCGGCUGAGGACGAGGCCAAGGCGGCCGAGUCUGAGGUACCGAUGUACGACAUGAAGCAGCUGUCAUAAAUCAGGACAGGUAGUCAGUUUUCUUUGGACCUGAGAGACCACAGAGCGAUAGCAUGGAUGUGGAGUCUGAUCUUAACAAUGUUGGAUGGAGGAAGGUCUAUGAUUGUAGAAACAGUGGAGAGAAACAAGCAUAUCGAAUCACCUUGACUGACCAUUGAGACAAUAAGAGAUUCUUGAAAUCACUGGGAUGUUUGAUGCUGUGUGUUUUCAGAACAUUCACAAUCACAUCCACAGGAUUUGGUCAUUUUUGUUUUGCGUUAUUAAACAAAUUGUGUAUGAUUGAAAUGUUUUAGGACUUUAUCACAAGCUUCUCCUGCCACACUGUUGCUCACUUAUUUGCAUGUUGAAGAAGUUGAAAUGUCGGACAAAAUGAGUUUGUGGAAUGUUUUGUUCUUAAAUAUCUUGAAAAAUGAGGGAAAGUAAAGUGAAAUAAAGUGAAUUUCUUUGUUUGGAAGUAAAGGGAUUUGAUGGUUUGCUCUUGCAGAAACCUUUGUAGAUUUUCAGAUUCGUAAAGAAAGUAAAAACAAGAACUUAAAAAGCUCGUACAUAAAGCAACAACACCCAGGUUACAGUUUAUACCAUCAAAUUUGGACUGAUCCCUCCAAUUGUGGUCUUUUUCAAGUUUGUUAUGCUUCUAUAAAUAAGUGCAAGAUCAUUUUGAUUCAAUCUGUAUUACAAAGUGCAAACAAUUCAUUUUUACUGAAUGUAGAAAUGUAUCUUUCUUCAUGUUAGAAUAAGCAUAAUUUUUCUUAAGGGCAGUUUUUAAAAAUAAAAGCAGUUGUGUUAUACUAUUUGUAUAUUGUAGUAUAACAGAUGAAAAUAUUCCACUUGAAGAUGACAAUCAUAAGAAUAAAAUCUAACUUGUCCAGUUUUGUAGGAAAGCAACUGAACAGUGAGGGAAGUGACAGCAAAGGCAAAUAAAGGUCUGUGGUUUGCUGAG